AUGGCUAAAUCGACGGCGGAGGUCCGGACUGAAAGCGUGCGCCUCAGUGUGACGUUGUCGCCCCAGGGAACCCUCGUCGGCGAGCCAUCCAUUGUCGACCUGGAAGAUUAUGAGGUUUCCAAGGGCAAUACCAAAGCCCUGUUGAGGAAAAUCGAUCGAAAUCUGAUACCCAUCAUCACGGCUCUCUAUCUACUGUCUUGGCUGGAUUUUUCGAACUUGGACAACGCCAAAGAGAACGGGCUCACAAAGGAUCUGCGCAUGACAGGUAAGGAUGACUUUAAUAUUGCCGUUUCCGUCUUCUUCCCGUCCUACUUGAUCUCUCAGAUACCAUCCAACUUGGUCAUGAGAGCAUGGCGGCCUUCGCUCUGGGUUCCCAGCUUGAUGCUGGGCUGGGCCAUGAUCAUCACUUGCAUGGGGUUUGUUCGGAAUUUUGCGGGAUUGCUUGUCGCUCGCGUUUUCCUUGGUCUCUUCGAGGGAGGCGUGUUUCCCGGAAUUGUCUAUUUCAUUUCAAUGUGGUACCAAAGUCAUGAAUGCGGUCUUCGCAUUGCCAUGAUGUACUCUGUCGCAGUGGCGGGCGACUCCUUUAACGAUCUCGUUGGAAAUGCCAUUCUACGCUUGGACGGCCGAGCCGGCCUCGGAGGCUGGUGCUGGCUAUUCAUCAUGGAGGGAAGCGUCACCUUGGUCGCAGCUCUCGUGGCUUUCAGGCUGAUGCAAGACUACCCCGAAUCGGCCACAUUUCUCACGCCAUUCGAAAGACGACUGGUGAUGCAACGAAUCGACGAAGAACAAGGAUCAAUGCCCAAGAACUUCCGCCUGAAAUACGUCAAGGACGCACUGACAGACUGGAAAAUCUGGGUCCACAUGCUUGUCACUUUGGGAGUCACGGUGCCCAUGUUUGCCAUUUCCCAAUUCCUCCCGGGCAUUAUUGAGGAAAUGGGGUAUCAAGGCGUGCAAGCCAAGCUCAUGGGUAUUCCCCCUCGUCUCGUUGCCAGCGCGUUUGUGCUGGCGGGAGGAUUUGCAGCCGAUCGGCACGAACAGCGUGGCGUUUUCAUUAUUGGCUUCUGCCUCAUCGGAAUGGUGGGAUUUUCCAUUCUCGGAACAGCCAAGAGUCUGGAGAUGGAGUACGUAGCCACAUUCUUGAUCGCCAUAGGAACGUUUCCGAUUGUUCCUCAAGAUGUUGCCUGGAAUGCCAACAAUAUCGGCGGAUCGACCAAACGGGCAGUUGGAAUCGCGAUGCAGAUUGGUUUGGGCAAUCUGGGCGAGGGACUGGCUGGGUUCAUCAUCUGCAAGGAGAAUGCUCGCCGGUUCGUCUCGGGUCACGGGAUACUUUUAGGAAUGAUGGGUCUAGAGCAGCGAGAACGUGGUGACCGGGCGUCGUUUUUUGUCCUGACCACCUGA